UUACUGACUUUGAUUUUGACAUUUGGUUAUCGAGUUCUAUUUUGUCGCCAAAUAUUUUCUAAUAACUUCAGAAAUAACCUAAUUUGUGAUUAAGAAAUCUAUUUCUAACAUAAAAUGAACAAAUUAACGUCGUAUACAAUUAAAGAAAUACACAAAGCGUUUCAAGAAAAGUUACUGACUCCGACUAGCUUCGUAGAUUUGUGUAUUCAGAGGGCGAAACAAAAAAGUGAAUUAAACGCGUUUAUUACUCUAACAGAAGAAAUAUCCGAAAACCAUGCUAUCGAGAGUGAGAAACGGACUUAUAUUGAUAAGAAAGUGAGGCCUUUAGAAGGUGUAACGGUCGCUGUCAAAGAUAAUUUUUGUACUAAAAAUAUACGCACAACCUGUGCAUCGAAAAUGUUGAGAAACUUCGUGCCGACCUACGACGCGACGGUCUAUUCACGACUCAUUAAUUCUGGAGCUUGUCUUGUCGGGAAAUCUAAUUUGGACGAGUUUGCAAUGGGUUCUGGUACUGUAGACUCCAUUUUUGGUCCAACGCGCAACCCUUGGUGUUAUAAUGAAGAUUGGAAGAUAUCUGGAGGUAGCUCUGGCGGUAGUGCAGUCGCUGUGAGUACAGGGUCUUGCGUCGCAGCCAUUGGUUCAGACACCGGUGGAUCCACAAGAAAUCCUGCUGCAUUAUGUGGAGUUAUUGGUCUUAAACCGACUUAUGGACUAGUGUCCCGUUAUGGUCUAAUACCUUUGGUAAAUUCGAUGGAUGUACCUGGUAUUCUAGCUCGAAAUAUUGAAGAUUUAACAGCAAUACUAAAUUGUAUAGCCGGCCCGGAUUUAUUAGACUCUACAACAAUAAAAAAGCCUUUUAAAAGUAUAGAAAUAAAAGAUAUUGAUUUAUCAAAAAUCAAGAUAGGCAUACCUAAAGAGUAUCAUUGUGAAGGCAUGAGUUCAGAGAUCAUUGACUUAUGGAGAGACAUUACUGAUUUAUUAGAAAACGAGGGCUGUCAGAUUAAAACAAUCAGCUUACCUCAUACAUCAGUUUCUAUAGCUGUAUAUUCAAUUUUGAACCAAUGUGAAGUAGCCAGUAACAUGGCAAGGUACGACGGCUUAGAAUUUGGACUUCGAACAUCAGAGGAUUACUCUACCGAAGAAUUAUAUGCUACAACACGUAGCCAAGGAUUUAACAAAGUAGUUCGGUCAAGAAUUUUUGCUGGCAACUACUUUUUAUUGACACGAAAUUAUGAAAAAUACUUUCUGAAAGCGCUUAAAUUACGCCGAUUAAUAUCUGAUGAUUUUGAUAAGGUUUUUAAUGGGCCAAAUUCUGUAGAUUUACUUUUGACACCAACUACAUUGACAGAAGCUCCAUCGUAUAAGGAUUUCAGGUCUAGGCACAAUAGAGACCAAUGUGCGUUGCAGGAUUAUUGCACGCAACCUGCUAAUAUGGCGGGGAUUCCUGCUGUAUCUAUUCCCAUUAGGUUAUCUAGUAACAACUUACCAUUGUCAUUACAGUUGAUGGGACCUGAUUUGUCGGAGCAGGUUUUGUUGAGUGUUGCUAAAAGGAUUGAGGAUUUAGUCCAGUUUCCUAGUUUGAAGAUUGAUUGAACUAUAAAAUUGUAAUUUUCAGGAGUCCACACACAAAGGGUUUCAACGGAGGCCUAUUAAUAUCACUCUGCUGUAUGUCUGUGUUGGUCUGUCUGUCUGUCUGUCCGCGUGUCACCGGUCUCUAGCUCAUACACUAAAUGAGUUGCAAACCUGAAAUUUUAGUAUUUGGUGUAAAACAUUGGCCCAAAACUAAAUAUUGAAUUAAAAAUUUAAAUAGAGUUUGAUUGAAAAUAGUGUAAAGUUUAGUAUAGUCUAAUUUAUAAGUCUUAAGUUUAAUGUUAGUACUGUUGUUUAAUGUUAAUAAAUUCUAAUAAUUUUA